AUGCCAAAUGGUCUGCGCCUUCUUGAUCGUUUGGGGGUUUACUCAGAGCUCAAUGAGCGCGGAAGCAGCCACUCCAACAUGACCAUCCACUCUAUAAAUGGAGGAGUUCUGGGACGAAAGGACAUUGUUUCAGCAGCAAAGGAACAGACUGGCUAUGGGUACAUGAGGAUUAAACGAACUGAUCUACUCGACACCUUAUUGGAAGCGGUUGAUGAAGCUGGUAUCGCAUUGCACUACGACAAAUCACUCAUCUCCAUCACAGAGUCGGUUGAUUCAGUCACCGCGACCUUCUCUGACGGGACCAGCGACACGGCGGAUUUUCUCCUUGGGUGCGACGGGAUUCACUCGGCCGUACGACGCAUGCAUGUCGAUCCACAUCAGGCACCCGUAUACACGGGGAUGUCAGGCCUUGGUGCAUUGGUCUUAGCUUCUUGUGUUUCCGAGGAAGCUCGACAAGAAAUGAGAGGCAUGAAUGUCACAAUGACUCAAGAGGGUAUGUUUGGCGUCAUGACAUGCACUGCUUCCGAUGACGAGAUCCAGUGGUUUCUGUCUAAAGAAGUCCCGCUGCCGGACUCUGAGGACGCCCGUAAUGGAUGGGAGCUUCAUCGACGGGAGGAAGUGGAGGGGUUCAAGACUCAACUUCACAGAACUCUUGAAGAUGCUGGUGGAGAGUGGGGCAAUAACUUGCGAGAGCUUAUUAGCAAUUCGACAGCUGUGAAGUUCUACCCGAUUUACAAGCUACCUACCGGGGGAAGAUGGUACAAAGGAAGGACUCUCCUUCUUGGUGAUGCUGCACAUGCUAUGCCACCUCAUGCAGGCCAAGGAGUAUCGAUGGCAUUCGAAGACGCGUUUCUCCUUGCCCGUCUUCUCGAAAAGGAACUGUCUCUUGACGAUGCAUUCAAGCAGUUUGAUGACAUCCGGAGACCAAGAGUUGAGGAUAUUGCGAACAGAUCUUCUGGAAACGCAAAGAUGAGAAGAAAGACAGGGCCAUGGGGAUUGUGGCUGAAAGAGACGGGACUUUGGCUGUUCAUGCAAGGUGCUUGGGCGUUUGGCAUGGAUCGUUGGGGUUCAGAGACGCAGCAGAUGGUGUACGACAUUGAUAAGGUCAACAUUUGA